AUGUCCGGCUGGGUGCAGUCGCUGGCGGACGGCGCGCGGGCGGCGGAGCGGCCGGUGGCCUGGUCGCGUCACAAUCUUAUCGCGCACGGCGAGGUGGAUACACAUGGGGCGUGUGUGUGUGUGCGCCGCGCGAGUGCGCGCACGCCGCUCGCGAAGCUGUACGCCCCGGCGCACGCGAGCCCCACGCUGGGGGCCGCCUCGUACGUCUCGUUCAGCCCGUGCGGAUCGACGCUCCUUGCCUACUUUCCAGUGCGGCUGGGCGUGCAAAAGGGGCAGGCACCGAGCGCGGCGCUCGCUGCGCCGAUUACGCUGGAUACGCUCGCACAGGGCGGAUCGCCCGUCAUGACCCCGUUCACGGCCACCACGCCGAGCGCGCAGCAGUGGAGCGGCGACCAAGGUGUGUUUUGCAUCUGGACGCGCUUGCCGGAUGCGCCGCUUGCUGCGUGGACGCUGCGGCAGUCGCUCCCGGUGCUCGAGGGCGACGCGCCGCCCAAGGCACAGACCCUCCACGGCGACGUGGCGAACGUGUGCUGGCUCGGCGCGCCGCGCGCGUGGAACAUCGACGCGCCGCUCGGCGCGCAAAAGGCCGCGUACGCACGCGCGCCGGCCGCGGGGCCGUCGGACCUGAUCAAUCAGCCGAAUCUCCGCGUGGACGAGGCGCAGGGCGAGCAGGCCUUUGUCGUCUGCACCAAAAGUGGCCAGGUCAGCUUUUGGCACAGGCUCGUCGAGGCGCAGGUCGCCUCGUUCGACGCAUGCCUCUUUCGCAUGCACCACGGCUGGCUUGCCGAGCCGAGCGUGCAGCCGCCGCCGGCCACGCUCGAGCACCACGAAGGAAAGAGCGAGGCGUGGGAGCGCGCAGUGACGCACAUCACCGCGAGCGCCGUGCCAGAGGAGCCGGCGGUGCUUAUUGCGUACACGUGUGCGACGCAGCGCGAGGUGGUGUGCCUCACCGAGCUCCAGUUUGAGCUCGACGGGGAAAUGUCGUUUUUUACCAUCAACCCCCUUGCUCCGAUCCCGAUUGCGCUGAGCGAGCUGUGCGUUGCGGAUCCCGCGCCGCGUGCCGCGCGUGCGCUGACGCACCUCGAGUGGGCACAGAUUCGCGACGAGCUCCGCUUGGUGCUCACGCUCGGCGUGCGUGCCGACGACCACUGGCGGGGCUCGCUGCUCGUGGCAUGGGCUCUCGAUAAGGGCUCCGACAAGGGGCGCGGAUGGUCAUUUUGCCCGCGCACCAGCGCUUUCCUCGACGGACACGUCGUCACGUCCCUCCUCUCGCCCGGCCCGAGCGUGCCGAAAAGCUCGCUGGCGUAUACCACGGCGCUCCACGCCGGCGCCGAGGUCUGGGGCAAGGUCGAGCUCGAGACGCUCGCGUACACGCCCGCCGCCGCACUCCCGGUCGGCACGCUGCAGCGCUCGGCGAUGGCCGUGUCACCCGCCGGCGUGCUCGGCGGUGCGGUGCUGCAUCCCGGCAGCGCGCUCGCGUGCUUUGCGCUCCCCGUGCCUUGUGCGCCGAUCGCGCGCUGCGCCGGGCGCCUCGUUGCGCUCGCUCUGCUGCGGCACGCCGAGUGCAGCGACGUGGCAGUCUGGGCGCACUCGCACACGAAGCUUGCCUCGGCGCUGCCCGAUAUCCUCACCGAGACUGCGCACGCCCUCGGCUUUGCGCGCUCCGGCGUGUCGUACUACCAGACGUGGACGCUGGCGCGCGCGGCGCUCGCGCUGCUGAGCCGCGAAGACGAGGCGUGUGCGACGCUCGUCCGGCGGCGUCUCGCGCUGUUUGUCGAGCUUGCGUCGCUGCAUACCUACCUCGCACGCGCGCGCAUCGACGCGAGCACGACGCGCUUCUCGGAGCUGCUUGAGCGCGACGCAUCUGUGCCGUUUGCGACGCGGCAUGCGUGGCACCUCGCCGAUGGUGUGCAGCGUCUGCACGCGCUCCUCGCCGCCGCCGCGCGGCACGCCGUCGCGACGACGACCGAGGCGACGCCGCAGGCGGAUGCGCUCCUCGAGCUGCUUGCCUUUCCCGAGGCCGCCGCGCUCUUUCGCGAGACCCUCGCGGGCUGCACGCUGUUUGUGGCGUACAUCGCCAAGGCAGAACUCGCGCAGUACGCCGACGGCCUCGGCGACGAGCCGGCGACGCCCGAGCCGGUGCUCGCACGCUGCAAGAGCGCCGCCGCGGAGCUCGCGUCGGUGCGCAAAGUAGUGCGUGCGGCGGAGCGCGACGCGCCGGUCGACCUGCGCGCCGCGGCCAAGCUCUUUGCCUCGUGGACGCCCGCGAGCGCCGCGUGGACCGCGUUUUUUACCGCGCCUGCUGCGCCGCACGCGUCCGACGCUGGCCGCGCGCUGGCCGAUGCGCUCCUGGCGCCGAGCGCACAGAUCGUCCGCGACACGCACUCGCUCUGGACGUGUGCGCCAGAGAUUUUGCGCCCGGCGUCGCUGGUCGCUACAUAG